AUGGAGGAGAAGCCCGGCCAGCCACAGCCUCAGCACCAUCACAGCCACCGCCAUCUGCACCAUCACCCCCAGCAGCAGCAGCAACAGCAGCCGCACCACCACCACCAUUAUUAUUUCUACAACCAUAACCACAACCACCACCACCACCACCACCAUCACCAGCAGCCUCACCAGUACCUGCAGCAUGGAGCCAAGAGCAGCCCCAAGGCCCAGCCAAAGCCGCUGAAACAUGAGCAGAAACACACCCUCCAGCAGCACCAGGAAACGCCGAAGAAGAAAACAGGCUAUGGUAAAAUAAAUGGUAAUGCCGGGGAAAGAGAAAUAUCUUUAAAGAGCCUCAGUUCUGAUGAUGCUACCAAUCCUAUUUCCAGAGUCCUCAAUGGCAACCAGCAAGUUGUAGACACUAGUCUGAAACAGACUGUGAAGGCUGGUACCUUUGGAAAAGCAGGAAUUAAAACCAAGAAUUUCAUUCAGAAAAACAGCAUGGACAAAAAGAAUGGGAAAUCUUAUGAAACUAAAUCUGGAGAGAGCCAGUCUAUUGAUAAGACUGAUGCUAUAGCAAUUCCAAAUGGUGUUAUAACAAAUAAUUCAAGCUAUAUUACUAAUGGUUAUAUGGGCAGAGGAGCAGAUAAUGAUGGUAGUGGGUCCAAGAGUGGAUAUACCAAUCCUAAAAAAAAGAAAGCUAGUCGCAAUAGUGCUAAGGGUUGUGAAAACCUUAACUUAGUGCAGGACAAAAUAAUGCAACAAGAGACUAGUGUCACAACCUUGAAACAGGGACUUGAAACUUUCAAGCCUGAUUCCAGUGAACAAAAGGGAAAUCGAGUAGAUGGUUCAAAGCCCAUUUGGAAGUAUGAAACUGGGCCUGGAGGAACGAGUUGGGGAAAACCUGCUAUGGGUGAUUUGCUUCGUAAAAGCUCAGAUAUUAAACCUGGUAGGAGCAUCAAAAUGUUUGUUGUUGGGCCCAAAGGAAAGCAUGCUUCAGCUGCUGCCUCCAAAGAGAACUCAUGGACCCUAUUUAAACCACCUCCAGUUUUUCCAGUGGACAAGAGUAGUGCUAAAAUAGUUCCAAAAAUAAGUUAUGCAAGCAAAGUUAAGGAAAACCUCAACAAAACUAUUCAGAACUCUUCUGUGUCACCAUCUUCAUCAUCAUCCUCUUCAUCAUCUACUGGGGAAACUCAGACCCAGCCUUCAAGUCGGUUAUCCCAAGUCCCUAUGUCAGCGUUGAAAUCUGUUACUUCUGCCAAUUUUUCUAAUGGGCCUGUUUUAGUGGGGACUGAUAAAAAUUUGUAUCCAGGGGCUCAGCCACUGCUAACUACUGCUGCUAAUACUCUGACACCCAUCUCUUCUGGAACUGAUUCAGUUCUCCAGGAUAUGAGUCUAACUUCAGCAGCUGUUGAGCAAAUUAAGUCUAGCCUUUUUAGCUACCCUUCAAAUACGCAAACUGUGCUAUUGAGCACAGCACAGGUACAUCUGCCUUCUCAGACAGAUCAGCAAAACCUGGGGGAUAUCUUCCAGAAUCAAUGGGGUUUAUCAUUUAUAAAUGAGCCCAGUGCUGGCCCUGAGACUGUUAUUGGAAAAUCAUCAGAUCAUAAAGUGAUGGAGGUGACAUUUCAAGGAGAAUAUCCUGCCACUUUGGUUUCACAGGGUGCUGAAAUAAUCCCCUCAGGAACUGAGCAUCCUGUGUUUCCCAAGGCUUAUGAGCUGGAGAAACGGACUAGUCCUCAAGUUCUGGGUAGCAUUCUAAAACCUGGGACUGCUAGUGAGAGUGGAGCCUUAUCCUUGGAAACCAGUCAUAUAGGUGACCUUCAAAAAGCAGACACCAGUAGUCAAGGUGCUUUAGUGUUUCUCUCAAAGGACUACGAGAUAGAAAAUCAAAAUCCUCUGGCCUCUCCUACAAACACUUCGUUAGGCUCUGCCAAAGAACAGAAAUACCAGAGAGGCCUAGAAAGGAAUGAUAGCUGGGGUUCUUUUGACCCAAGAGCUGCUAUUGUAUAUCACACUAAAGAAAUGGAAUCUAUUUGGAAUUUGCAGAAGCAAGAUCCCAAAAGGAUAGUCACUUACAAUGAAGCCAUGGAUAGUCCAGAUCAAUGAAGGACCAGACUGCCUAUUUGUAACCUUUCUGCAGUAUUAGAGCCACCGUUUA